AUGGCUGUCGCGUCCGUCCAAGACCGAACCUCCGAGUUCAAAUCAGUUCUCGCUCAAGCGCAAAAGCGUCAAAAUGCCAACAAAGUCGGCGCGCAAAGACGGUCGCUCCUGACAGAUGCUCAGAGAGCCGCCGCAGAUGGAUCCGUUCAGGCAAAGAAGUCAGACUUUGCCAGGAGUGCCGCCGAUAUUGGUCGAGGCAUCUCUGCGACCAUGGGCAAACUCGAGAAACUAGCACAGCUUGCCAGGAGACGCACCAUGUUCGACGACCGACCCGUCGAGAUCAACGAACUUACUUUCGUCAUCAAGCAAGAUCUGUCCGCCCUGAACCAGCAGAUUGGCGGCUUACAAAAUCUUUCAAAGCAACAACACCCGAAGGCCGACCAAGAGGGGGAGCACAACAAGAACGUCGUCUACUUGCUACAAGGCAAACUUACGGACGUCUCGGUCAACUUCAAGGACGUACUGGAGGAGCGAACCAAGAAUAUCCAAGCGUCAAGAUCACGAACGGAAAACUUCAUCUCAUCUGUCUCGCAGCAUGCGCAGCCUUCCAUCCAGAAGUCAGCCUCGCCUCUGUACGGCACGCCCAACCGAUCCUCACCGGCUCCUGCAUCUGACACGCUCUCCCUCAACCCGGUGGGCGACCAGCAGCUGCUGAUGAUGGAAGAAGCCCAACCCACAAACACCUAUAUCCAACAAAGAGGAGAAGCCAUCGAAGCCAUCGAGUCGACGAUCAAUGAGCUGGGCAGUAUCUUUGGGCAGUUGGCAACCAUGGUGUCGGAACAAAGCGAAAUGAUUGAGCGAAUCGACGCCAACACAGACGAUGUCGUAGACAAUGUUGAGGGCGCUCAAAGAGAACUGUUGAAAUACUGGUCUCGUGUGUCGAGCAACAGGUGGUUAAUAGCAAAGAUGUUUGGCGUGUUGAUGAUUUUCUUCCUUCUCUGGGUAUUGGUUUCCGGCUAA